GACCGCCCUCAGUCCACCGCCGUCCGUGUCAGCGUCGAUUGUCGUCGUGUGAUCCGUCGUCGCCGCCUCCGAUAGCUGUAAUAACUAACGCAAAACCCUCCCCACUACCCCGUUUGCGAAUUUUAUUUUUUGAUUCUGAAGCUACAUUAAGACAUUUUCCGCGGCUCACUGGUCGCUAUAUAUUUUUGCGAGACAUUUGAUUAUUUGUUUUUUUUUUUUAUUUCGUUUCCGUUUCGUCGUUUACAGGAUUUUUUUGUAUGUGCGCGAUCGUAACAGUUUUCCAACGCGGUAAUCCGCAGCGGAGACACUUGCAGUCGUCGUAGUUCGCGUACAAUCGCCACUCCACGCAGUUUCGGCGAAAUGGCCAAGGCUCCAGGAGAAAGCAAGAUACCUGUGUUGCAUUCUAACCAGUUAAGAUCUCGAUUUUCUAAUAUUUCAAGUAAAGUCCGUUCGCAUCUUGAUGGUUCUUAUCGAACUUCGUCUCCAUCAAUGCUAUUUGGACUUUUUAGCAAUACUGAAAAUAAAGUACAUCCACCCACUCGUCCAUCUUCACUUUUUAAAUCAACUAGUCGUACCACAGUGUCUGAAAAAGAUGUUGGAAGUUAUGUUGAAUUAACUAGGCAUUCAAGAACUGGCAUUCUUAGAUAUUUUGGUAAAACUGUGUUGGGUCCUGGCGAUUGGUGUGGAGUAGAAGUUGAAAGUGGACAUGGAGUUUGUGAUGGAUCUAUAUGUGGAGUAAGAUAUUUUUCUUGUCGUGAUCAAUGCGCAUUGUUUGUCUUGGCACACUUGGUGCGUAAAUCCGAGUGUCAAAAUGUUGUCGAUAUCAAAACAGAAGCUGAACUCAUGUCUGACGACGGCUGUACAUCUACUUUGGAAAAUUGGGAUUUAGAUAUUUUGAAAACAGAAUUUCCAUUUGAGUGCACUGACAGUCUUGGUAUAUUAUCACCAGAUCAAAUGGUUGAAUUUAGAGGUGAUGAAGCAAAUUAUGAAGUUCCAGGUCUUCUUUUUAAAAUGUCACCUCAUCAAUUAACAGAGUGUAUUUCUGAUGGGGAUGUAACAAUGAAUGAUUUAGAAACAAUUUCUAUGCCUAAAGAUGACGAUUUAGUUUCUCCAGUUCUGUCUUCAGAUCCCUCUAAUCAUACAGUAUCUGAACACGAUAGUGCAAGUGCCUAUCCAAAACGCUCAACUGUUUCUUUUGGACACGUUUUUUACGAUAAUUUUACAAUCGAUCGGACUCCAUCACUAGAAGAUUUACCCAUGGAUGAUUUUUCAUCAAAAACAACAACUGCUGUGGUUCCAGUCCCUAAUAUUCCUACAAUAAACACAGUUGUUACAAGCAUAACCAGUGUUAGUAGUCUUGAUACUGGUUAUCAAGGUGAUUGUGAAACUAGUCGUCCUACUAGUCGUGGAGCUAUGGUUAAACGACUUGGACCAACCGAACCAAUGACAGAUUCAGAUUUUUUUACUGAAAGUGAAGCAGAAGAUCAUUGUCAUCGUAAAGCUAUAGUUAUUGAUGGUACAUUAUACUCUGGAGAUAAUAUUAAACCUGAAACUCAACCAGAUAAUCAUAACAACCCUGGUCCCACUAUUGAAGAAAUGGACUCAAGUGGUGUUUAUUCUGAUUUUGAUAGAAUAUUUGAGGAGCCACCUGCACUUAAAGAUAGUUCAGAACCAGUUUCUUCUAAUAAUUCAACUUCUCCCUCAUCUGUUAACAGCCAACAAAUCCAUAUAGUUGCAAUAGAUCAGCCAUCUAGUUCGACGAUACCGGAAUGCACAGAAGAUGCAUCAAGCCCUGCUAGUAAACGUUACAAACGACCCACACCAGUGAAACCUAAAACCUUGGAGGUAAGACAAGAUCAGGAAAACAGAGCUCCAAGAACUAGAAAACCAGCAGGCCGUUGGGAUGCUGUAAUGAAUAAAAUAGAAAAAAGUAAAACUGAUCAGAAGAGCCGUGUCAAUCGGUUGAAGGAUGUCAAAAGCAAAAUUAAUUCUAUUAAUCCAUUGACAAUACCAUAUACUAACAGGUUGAAAGAAUCUCCCACAAAUAGCGAACCAUUGCCUGUCAGAUCUCACAGAGAAAAUACACCUUUAAAAGCCAAAAGCCGUAGAACUAGAGCUCGAGGUGGAUCAGAAUCCAAUUUACCAAUGUCAGACCUAAAACCUAAUUCUUCUAGGCAAAGAUGUAUUCCUAAGAGUUCUCAAAACAGUUCAAGAGAUAGUUCUUUUAGUGAUCUUAGUGGCGAAACCAAAGCUACAUUGAAGCAAGCAACAUCACAUCCUUCUUUAGUCAUCUUUAAGAUGAUACGCAUACUGCAAGGUAUCUUUAGUAUUUUCAACCGAGUGAAAACUCUUUUAAUUGGAAAUUAUGGCCACCAUUAUUUUGAAGAUUUAUGCUUAGAUAAAAAUUUUAAUCUGCGUUCGCCGUCUGUAAACGUUGUGGUACCAUCGGUGCGCAAACAUUCGACUACGCCUUCAAAAGCAACUCCUCAAAACCGCAGAUUAAACCCAGAUCACAGUCUAACGAUAACAAAAACUGAUGGCAAGACGACGAUACCAUCACAUGUCAAUAAAACCGCAGCCCCCACAGCGGUUGCGACAAAAGUCAAAGGCGCUAAAAAAGAUGUUGUGGAUCGAGAAACUCUGCAACACGUCGAGACUCAGCUGGAUCAUGUCACCAAGGGUUUCGACGCGGUAUCUGUACUCUUCCAGUACCUCGUCAACGACAUGGACGCUCUAUCUACAACCAGGCUGAAACAACAGUUGGACGCAAAUCACAACGAUUUAGUAUCAACUAGAUGUUCAUUGGAUGAAUCUCGGGCUAAAUGUAUUCAGUAUCAAGAAGAAAUUCAUAAGCUCCAAAAAGAAAUCGACGAAUAUAAAAACAAUUUGGAAAUUAAAGAAAAACUCGUUAAUGAAAUUACUUCUCUAAAAGAAACAGAAAUUUAUGGACUGGAAAAGAAACUCGAAGCGCAAGCCAAUAACUUGAGGUUGCAAUUCAACGAAGAACUUAACAAACACAGGAAUGAAUCCGACGAGGAGAAAAUGAAACUGAUAAUUUCGCAUGACCAACAAAUCGUUGAGCUUCAGCAGACAAACAAACUCGAAGUAUCCCAGAUGCAAAAGUCAGCUACGGAAAAACAGAUCGAGCUUACCCAAAGGAUUUUAGUAUUGGAAAACGAACGUGAUUUGUUUAAGUCUGAAAGAGACGAACUAAAAGAAGAAAACCAGCGUUUAAUCGAGGACAAAAAACUACAAAACACAAGUCUUGGUUACCAAAAGUUAUUGGACGAAGUAGAAUCAUUGAGGACCGUACUAGAGUUGAAGAGUUCUGAAAUGCAAGAUCUCCGUAAACAAAACGAAAAAUUACAGAGAGAAGGCGACGAUUUACCAGCAAUUUUGCAAAAAUUAGAAGCGGCCCAGUCUCGAGUAGAAGAUUUAAACGUUCAGCUACAGAGAAAGUCAGAAAUCGAAAUGCAACUCAGUCAAGAAAAAGAUCAAAUGGCUCGUGAAAUCGACUUGGAAAAACAAAAGAAGAAACGUCUGUCUUGUCAUAACGAAGAACUGCAGUGGAAACUGAAAAAGAGCACUGAAGUGGCCAACCAUUUAGCUGUGUCGACGAAGAGAUUAAGCCAAACACCGCAAGAUCUUGCAGCUAUGAGAGAAGCACAAAGUAACUAUCAGAAACUUUGCAGCAGGGAGAGCUCAAAUUCGGAAAACAGCGGUGACGAGGACACGAUGAUCAGCCAACUGGUGGAGGUGGAUUCGGAGGCGCCGGCUCGGAUACUGGGCGUGAUGAAGAAAAACGAUUCGUUGUCGUACGUGUUCGAAGUGGAAGAGGAACCAUCAGAGAUUGCCACGCGGCUAGUGCGCCGGGCCAGUAGCCUGCGUUCGGUGGGAAAAUCUCGGACGCGUGCUCGAGGACCGGCAGGUGGCGAGAAACGGUCCAGGGCUAGCUCGCAGUCGGGUGGCGGCUCUUCCGACAAGUCGGUGGAACUGGAUUCUGCGCUAACCCGGAACCUGGACGAGUUAUUCGCGCCCGGCCCGAACGACCGAUACCUGAGCGACUGUUUCACGUGCAGUUCGGAUUCGUCCAACUCGUCGCCGGAGCACCAUAACCACAUGCAGGCCUACGAACAGAACCGCGGUCCAUCCUACGUCCAGGUAGUCGCCGAGCAGACUGGCGGCGGUGAUAAGGCCCAAGGUGGAGGACUGGCUAUUGUCUGAGAAGAUUAAAUCAUCGUUGUCGUACUCAUGGGUGAUGGGGGGAUGGGGGGAGGGAAUUCCUAAGUGAUAUAUUUAUAUAUAGAUCCUUAAUCAUGUUCGCGCACAAUACGCAUUCUCUGUUAGACUAAGUUUUCUUUCGUUAGAUUGUGCCAAAAACCAUACGAUCCACAAUCCAUAUUUAUAUAUUAUUAUGUGUGUUUAAUGUAAAAAUCAAAAUACCUUUUACUUUUUUAUCGCUAACGUCGUUUUGAAUUUUUAUUACGAUUUUAUUUUGUUUUAUAAAAGCGCGAGCGUGUGUGUAUUUUUUUUCUCUAGUAACUCUUAAGACUGAAUUCUUUAAAAAAAAAAAAAAAUUGACCGAGUCUUAGGGAGAAUUUUUUUUUUUAAAACGUCAAGAGAAUAUAAUAAUUAUAAAUUUUUAAUUGUAUUGCUUACACAGUGUAACUAUGUUUUUAUUUUAAGAUUUAAAUGUUUAUAAUGAAUUCUAAUGAACCAGCGUUUUAUUAUUUAAUUUAUUAGUUUUCGCGAGAUAGAGAUGUAAUGCUUACAAUUUAUCUUAAUCCCUGUGACCACAUACCAUAUUACUUAAAUUUUAUGACUUAUACGCGUCUUAGUGUUGCGUCAUUGUUAGUUUUUACUGUUGUAAUUUAUUUAUAUUUUUUUAAACAAUUCCUCACAAAUGAAUUAUGUGAGUCGGUUCACCUAGCCUUUCAUUUGUAUUGUAUAACUUGGACUUGUCUGACCAAAAUAUAAGUUAUCUGAGUCUUUAUGUGUCAAACAUAUUACAUUAGGCCUAUAAAAUGUAUUUUUAUUCUAUAUUUUUUCAUUCUUUUUUUCCUGACGUUCGAAAACAUUUUUUCGGAAAACAUGUAUGCAUUUAUCCUUACCGUCAAUGAAUUAAAUUAUGUUUUCUCAAAAAUCCCUUGUACUAUCCUUUUCCUAUCCUAUGUAACUCUUACCUUUUUUCUUGUACUUACACUUAAUGUUAUUUUUAUAUAUUCAGUUUUAAUGUUCAUUUACAAACAUUGUAGAUACCUGUACAAUUCGUCCAAAGAGCUUAGGCAGAUUUUGUUUUUCAAAAUUGUCAUUUUGGAGUGUUAAUGAUUUUUUUUUUUUUUUUUUAAUUAGUUUUUAGUUUAUUUUGUGAUAUAUGUGUGAAUAUAUUAUUUUAUAAUAUAUAUUAUAUUAUGUGUAAUGUAUAUAACAUGUUCUGUUUGAUUACUAUUAUUAUUAUUUUGUUUGUUUGUUUGUUUGUUUGAUUUCUAAAGAUUUUGUUACAAAAUGUUUAUGCCGAUAAACCGGGUUUGUAUUUUAAAUUUAUGUUCAUCCUAUUGAAUGUUUAUUAAUAUAUUAUACAAAAUGACGAAUCUACGUAAGCCGACUACAUAUUUUUAUUAUUUUUUCUGUAAAGUACGUAUUUAUCUUGUACUUGUAUGUUUAGCAGUGUCCUUCAUAUAGUCAAUGCAAUAUGUCUACAUGUAAACAUUACAUUGUAUGUAUUGUAAGUGGUAUUAUUUACGGUUAAUCCUUAUUUGAAUGGCUUCUACGACCAUAAUAAUGUAUGUAUAUACAUUGAGUAAUCAUUGUUCAGUAAAAUAAAAAAAUAAUAAUACAUAUUGUAAUGAUAAUAGUGUUAGAUUUAGUGGAAAACAUUAUAAAUCUUUUAUUUUGUUGCA